UGGGCGACUCAAAAGAUUAAAAACAGAGUCCAGGAACAGGAAAAGGUUACUUACUCGACCUUUAAUGAAAUUAUCGAGAAGAGUGAUAAAGUUACUCUGGAAGAAGAAAUCAAGGAUUUGAGGCGGCAUUCCAACAGGAACAAAUCUCUCCAGGAUGGAGACUUUGAACUCUCCGAUGCAUUCUACUUCUCCAAGAAAGGAUUUGAAGCUAUCGUCGAGGAUGAUGUGACCAUUAGAUUUAGUUCAGAAGAGAUGGUCAAGUGGAACCUGCUAACGAGGACAAACAGAAACUUCCAACACAUCAGCGUCCGUCUGACCAUUCUAUGGGGGGUGGGCCUCUGUAUUCGAUAUGUUUUCCUCCUUCCUUUACGGCUCACUUUGGCGGUGAUCGGCCUCAGCUGGCUUGUGACUGGGACAUCCCUAGUAGGACAGUUACCAAACAGCGGCUUGAAGACGUGGCUAAGUGAACUUGUCCACCUGAUGUGCUACAGAAUAUGUGCCAGAGGACUGUCAGCAACUAUUCACUACCACAACAAGGAAAACAGACCCAAAAAGGGAGGCAUAUGUGUGGCAAACCACACCUCACCAAUAGACAUCGUUAUACUAGCCAAUGAUGGAUGUUAUGCAAUGGUUGGACAGGUGCAUGGCGGAUUGAUGGGAAUUAUUCAGAGGUCUAUGGUGAAAGCCUGCCCACAUGUCUGGUUUGAACGAAAUGAGAUGAAAGACCGCCAUCUGGUAAUGAAAAGAUUAAAAAAUCAUGUUGCAGAUAAGACAAAAUUGCCGAUUUUAAUAUUUCCGGAAGGUACCUGCAUUAACAAUACCUCUGUCAUGAUGUUUAAGAAAGGAAGUUUUGAAAUAGGAGGAACUUUUUACCCGGUUGCGAUCAAGUAUGACCCUCAGUUUGGUGAUGCUUUCUGGAACAGCAGUAAGUAUGGAAUGGUGACAUAUCUGCUCCAAAUGAUGACCAGUUGGGCCAUCGUCUGCAACGUGUGGUACUUGCCCCCAAUGACUAAGCAGGAAGAUGAAGAUGCCGUGCAGUUUGCCAACAGGGUCAAAGCAGCCAUUGCACAGCAAGGAGGACUUGUGGAUCUUUCCUGGGAUGGAGCAUUGAAAAGAGCCAAAGUUAAAGACAUCUUCAAGAAACAACAGCAAAAGGACUACAGCAAGAUGAUAGUGGGGAACGAGAGCAGCUGAAGGGAUUCUUGUCACUCGAUCUUUUGUCCUCUUGGCUUCUGUCGCAGUCUUAUUGUGCGGGUUGGGAGUUUGUUGAGUGUCUCUUUAUUUUUGUAAUUUUGAGUGCUUUGAGAGCAAAAUAGAAAACUGUGUAAAUGACAAAACUCCACACGUAUUAUUUGUAGUAUUCUAAUAGAUCAGUGUGAUCUGUUUUUUGUGUUCUCUUAAUCUGAUAUUUCAAGAUAGGGACUAUCCUCUAAUAUUUAUCCAUAAAUAUUGCGUGUGACUUGUAUUGCACAACAAUGAAUUGAUUUUUAAAAAGAAGUUUAAAUUUUUAUUUGAAAGAAGAGGUGUCUGGGUUCUCAAUUGGGCUGCAGUGUUCUUUAGCCUGGAUUCCCAGUGCUUCCCUCAGGCUGUUCUGCUGAAAAGAAGAAGCCAUAGGGGUUCUGGGAGUUUAGGCUAAGCAAAGAAGCAUCAUGUUUUAGCACUGAGGCAGAAGGACACCGGUUCAAUUCCUGAAGUAGAUCUUGAACAGGGUUAUUUUGGUGAAAAAUAAUUUUAUGCUUUUUAAAUUAAUAAUUGAAAUUAAUACAGUUUUAGGUCUUUAUCUAAGAGUUUUUAGUUUAGACCUGUUGACGUCAGUGACAUAAUGACUCAAGGUGACAUUUGUUGUACAACCUACUGUGAUGUGGAGUUCCAGAAUGAAUGAAUAUGAAACUAUUAUAAUUUCAGUUUUUAUAAUCUCUGAAUUCUGUGGGAAAAAAACUUGUUUACAGAUGUUCAACUAUUGAAACCAAAGUGAAUAUCCAGCAUAAACUUUUAUUUUCCAGUAAA